AUGUCCGGCAAGCUUGACCAGUCUCUCGACGAGAUCCUCUCUACCCAGCGCCGCUCUGCCGGCGGUCCCCGUCGCCGCUCCCAGCGACGAUCCACAGGUGGUCGCCCUGCGGCGGCUGCCCCAGUCGGCGGUGUUCAGAAGACAUCGAAGCCUGCGCGUGCCGCCGCAAACAAGCCCAACGCCGCUAAGCCCGCACAAGGCUCUGGUGACAGCAAGGUCAUCGUGAGCAACCUGCCCAAGGAUGUCUCCGAGCAACAGAUCAAGGAAUACUUUCUCACUACAGUUGGAGCUAUCAAGAGAGUGGACAUCUCCUACGGUCCCAACUCCGUCAGUCGCGGUAUCGCCAACAUCACCUUCCGCGAGCCGGAUGGCGCUAGCAAGGCCUUCCAGAAGCUGAACGGUCUCCUUGUCGAUAACCGCCCCAUCAAGAUCGAAAUCGUCGUCGGUGCUUCCCAGGCCGCCAACGUCAUCCCUCCCUCCAAGACCCUUGCUGAGCGCACUUCUCAGCCCAAGGCUCAGCCCAAAUCUGCUGCCAACAACAAGCGUAACGCCAACGCUAACGCUAACAAGGGGCCUGCUGCCGGUAACGCCCAGGGCAAGAAGCCCCGCCGCGCCCGCUCUGCUCGCCCUGCCAAGAAGACCCAGGAAGAACUGGACUCCGAGAUGGCUGACUACUUUGAAUCUGGCAACGCCAACGAGAACGCUCCGGCCCCUGCUCCUGCUGCGACUAACGGUGACGCCGCUAUGGAGGAGGACAUCAUGUAA